AUGCCUACUCAACAAGAGUAUGAGGACAUACUGCUGUACAAGACUGCUGCCAGCAAUGCUGGCCAGAAGAAAUACAGAGACGGGCUUUCCACUAAUGACAAGAGAAGUAUAAGAGACAAAGUUCAAAGAUAUGCUCUGCAGCAACAAUGCUUAUACCUGCCUGAGAAGGACAGCACUGGCAUGCAUAGAAUGAGAAGAGUUGUGGUGAAGCAAGAGGAGAAAAGCAGGAUACUAAACAUGUGCCACGAUGAACUGGAUGGAAUGCAUUUUUGGAGAGACAAGACCUAUGGAAAGGACCUCUACCUGAAACAAGCUCUGGAAACAAGUACAUUAUCACGCUCUCAGACUAUUUCUAAGUGGCCUGAGGCUGCCCCACUCCCAUCAAAAUCAGCAGAAGGUGUAGCAAAAUUUCUGUUUGACACAUUUUGCAGGCAUGGGUGGCCAAAAGUGAUUCAAGACCAAGGAAGAGAGUUUGUCAACGAAAUCAACACCCGACUUUUUCAGUUGACUGACAUACAGCACUGCGUAUCAAGUGCUUACCACCCACAAACAAAUGGCCUUGAUGAACGCUUCAACCAGACUCUAGUGAACACUCUCAAGAAGGCGUCAUCAAAGUACACACCCUUUUUCUUAAUGUUCAAUCGCCACCCGCGGAAAGCUGUUACUUUUGAUAUGGAUCAACGAGAUGGUGCCGACGCUAUAGAAGAUAGAGGAGAUGCUGACCAAUUGAGUGGAGAGGAGACUGAAAAUGAAGAAGACGGAGAAGACAUGGAUGGAAUUCUCCGAAGGUUGAUGGAAAUUCGUGAUCGCUGUCACCUCAAUGCCAAGGAGAACAUUGCUGCUGCACAGCAAAAACAGAAGCAGCAGUAUGACAACAAGCAUAACUCUUUGAAGAGUUAUCCAGUUGGCAGCAGUGUCAUGCUAAAGAAUAUGGCCAAUUCUCAUCGAAUGGGAGGGAAAAUGGACUGCACCUGGAAAGGUCCAUAUAACGCUUUCCCCAAGUACUGAGCUCCAGAUAGCACAAGUGUAUAGCCCAUUAAUUCAAUGCAAUGGGCUCUGUGGUGGCUCUCCAGCAGCAAGAGGGUGCUAACAACUGCGGACUAUUUAGCAUUGCUGCUGCAAUCACGCUGCUAUGAACGAUAAUGUGGAUUCUCUAGUGUUUAAUGAGGCCAAAAUGAGAGCACAUCUCAUUAAGUGCUUUGAGAAGGGCAAACUCUCACGGUUCCCUCGCACAAAGAAAGCGAUGCCCAAAAGACCAACACCACAAACCAUUGCCAUUACAAUAUACUGCAUGUGCGAGAGACCGGACUCUUUUGAGGAUAUGGUCAUGUGUGACAAAUUUAGUGAGUAGUAUCACUAUCGCUGUGCCAAAAUUCGCAAUGAACCAGUAGGUAAUUGGUUUUGUUCUGGUUGUAUCACUUUAUGAUUUGUGCACUUUUGGUUAUAUUUAUUGUACUUCUUUCUCUUGCAUUGUUGUAUUUAUUGAGUAUUGA